ACUAACCUUCCAAAAACUAAAAGCCGUAAGCCGCAAAAAUUAUUGUUUGGUUUAAAAAAAAAUCUAAAAGUUGUGAUAAUUGAAAUAAAAAAAAUGUGGUCACUAGAGCAUCCGGUUGGAUAUUUAAUGCACUUACCAUUGAGUAAAAAAGAAUUGAAAAUUGGUAGGAAUUCAAAUUCCACUUUGUGUAUAGCAGCUGACCGAUCAAUAAGUAAACAUCAUGCUAAAAUAAUUGUUUAUCCAAAUAAUAAAAUAGAAAAUAAUAAUUUUGAAAUUAACAACAACAGAAAUUCAAUAUGUGAAAUAAUAGACUACGGUUCAAAGUAUCAUACAUAUAUUAUGAGAAAUACCCAGAUAAAAUUAGAACCAGGAAAAUCUUAUCAACUGGAACCAGGUGAUAAAAUAAAAUUUGGAAUGGGUGAUAAUAUUUGGACAUUAAAAUAUCACGAAAUUGGUCUUCUGGCUUGUGGUUAUUGCAAUGACAGUAAGAUAAAUAUUGUCAGAGCUAUAGAAAGUAUUGGCGGUACUGUUUACAAUGAGUGUAAUCAAAAGUGUACCCAUUUUAUGACACUGUGUAAUAGAGUAACAUCUAAAUUUGUUUUUGCUCUUAGUUCUGGGCUGCCAAUUACUGAUAUAUCAUAUUGGCAAGCUUUUAUGUGUGCUGUAAAAAAUGAUGUAAAAUUACCAAACCCACUUGACUACACAGUAGCGAAUGAUACUUUUAAAAUAGAAUUUAAAGAUGUUGCAUUUUAUCCAGUUAACGAAAGAAAAAAUUUAUUUGAUGGUUUAAAUUUCAUAUUUUUUAAUGUGCAACAGUGUAAUAAUUAUGGAUUUAUUAUCAAAGCAGCUGGUGGCAGGCCACAUAUUUAUCAUAAAUCUUCAUUUGAUGCUAGUGAACUUGUUGAACCGGAUAUUAUUAUUGUUGAAUGUACUGAAGCUAAACGAAAUACUGGCAUUGAAUUAAUAAGCGAUAGAGAAUAUGAUGAAAUGGAAUUAUUUCUUAGUAAAUCGAAGAAAAGAAUGAUUAAUUGUAAAGAAAUAAUAAGUGCGAUUUUAUUUUGCUCAAUUAAUAAAUAUUGCAAUCCGUUGAUUAAAAGUUUGAACAAGUAUUGGCGGGAAUCGCCUAAGAAAAAAUUGAAUAAAGUUAGAGAAAAAAAUAAUAUUAAUAAUGAUAACGUUCGUGUUGAUAAUGAUGGCAAUUUAAAUAGAAGGUGUAAUUUAAAUAAUUAUGCUGGAGAAAAUGACUCGAAUGAUUCUGUUGUUAUUUGUGAUAAGAGAGAGAAUGAAAGUAAUUACAGUAAGCAGAUUGUUAAUAGUAAUAAUAAUCGAGAGCCAAAACCUAGGAAUUUAAUUGAUGAAAACCCGUGGAUUGAUACCAAGUCUCGUAAAAAUUCGGAAAAGUCACAAUUAUCGUUAGUCAAAUCUAAUAGUAAAGUAAUAGAUCGUAAGGAAGAAAAAGAAUCAGAAGCUGGAGUUAGUAAAAUAUGUGAGCAGGUUAAUAAUAAUGUUCCCAAGAUUCGUGAUGGUUGUGAUAAAUCAUCAACUAAAUCGCUGGAAGAUAAACAAAAUGAAGAGAAAAAAGUAAACAAUAAACGUAAGUUAGAUAAAAGGGAAGUGCAUGAGUCUUCGGAUAAAGAUAAUAAAAGAUUUAAUUCUGGUAAAAAUAAAUCUGAUGAUGAUAUUUUGGUAGUUGAUGAUUUGCGAGAUAAGAAUCAACACUCAGAUAAAAAUAAUUUAAAAAAUGCUACAGAUUCGGAAAUAUCUAGAGUAACGAAUGAUAGAACUACAGCACAAAAUGAUGAAAUUAAUAUUGAAGAGGCUGGAACUUCAAAAGCAGAAGAAGAAAUAGUUGUUGAUAAUUCAUCCCAUAGUAUUGCUUCUGGACAGUUCAAAAGUUUUCUUACUAAAACAGGUGGCAUCAAAUCAUCCAUUGAAAAAUCAAAUAAAAAAGUUCAGUCUUGUAAAAAUAAAUCUCAUGAUUUAUGGGAUGAUGAAAAUGAACACUCGGAUAAAAGUAAUUUAAAAAAUACUAAUCAGUCUAAAGAUCCGGAAACAUCUAGAGUAAUAAAUGAUAGAACUUCAGCACAAAAUGAAGUUAAUAUUGAAGAGGUUGGAACUUCAAAAUCAGAUGAAGAAAUAGUUGUUGAUAAUUCAUCCCGUAGUAUUGCUUCUGGACAAUUCAAACGUUUUCUUAUUAAAACAGGUGGUAUCAAAUCAUCCAUUGAAAAAUCAAAUGAAAAAGUUCAUUCUUGUAAAAAUAAAUCUCAUGGUUUAUGGGAUGAUGAAAAUGAACACUCGGAUAAAAGUAAUUUAAAAAAUACUAAUCAGUCUAAAGAUCCGGAAAUAUCUAGAGUAAUAAAUGAUAGAACUUCAGCACAAAAUGAUGAAGUUAAUAUUGAAGAGGCUGGAACUUCAAAAGCAGAUGAAGAAAUGGUUGUUGAUAAUUCAUCCCGUAGUAUUGCUUCUGGACAGUUCAAACGUUUUCUUAUUAAAACAGGUGGUAUCAAAUCAUCCAUUGAAAAAUCAAAUGAAAAAGUUCAUUCUUAUAAAAAUAAAUCUCAUGGUUUAUGGGAUGAUGAAAAUGAACACUCGGAGAAAAGUAAUUUAAAAAAUACUAAUCAGCCUAAAGAUCCAGCAAAAUCUAGAGUAACAAAUGAUAGAACUACAGCACAAAAUGAAGUUAACAUUGAAGAGGUUGGAACUUCAAAAGCAGAUGAAGAAAUGGUUGUUGAUAAUUCAUUUGAAAGUAUUACCUCUGGAGAAUUUAAAAGUUUUGUUGAUGAAACAAGUGGUGUGAAAUCACCAAAAGAACAAAGAUAUAAUUUACGUUCAAAAAAAGAUGUAGAUGAAACAAAUUGUUCUCCAGUAUCAGCUAAUUCACAAUCCGUUAAUCUGAAUGAGAUUACUUCAAAUAAAAUUCAAAGGACUGAUCCGGAAGCAGGUAAAGUUAAUCAAAAACUAACUGAUAGUGAUAGGGAGUCAAAUCUGGAUGAAAAUGGUUUUGUAACAUUCACGAUUGAUGAUUAUUCAGAUGAAGACAUUAAAAGAAAUGGUCGUGUAGAUUUAAGUCAACCUAGUUCGUCAGAUUCACCAGAUUAUCAUGUUUAUGUAACUACUCAAGCUGAUGUUCACUUGGUUCCUAAUACAUCCAGUGGAAGAGAAGAUUCAUAUUCACCUUUGUUGGACAGUCAAAUUGAUGAUGAUGUUAAUGUUGCAGAAAAUAAUAUUAAACCUAAUUUCCAUCGUAGUAAUGAUAAUAAUUUACCAAAAUUUUUUUUUAAAUAAUUUGAGAAUUAUUUUUUUUUAUUUUUUUACCAUUAAACCAUAAGAUUGUUGUUAUGAAUAUACAGAGAUAUAGAAUACUAUUAAAUUAGAAAUAGGAUUUUCUAUAAAUUAAUAAUGAUUAAAUAAAUUUAUUAUAAAUGAGAAUAAAAAAAAAAAAUCUAUAAUUUCAUUAUUAGAAUUAAAGGGAGUUUCAGGAAUCCUACCACCCUUUUUUAAAAAUAUAUCCAGUGAUCUUGAAGUUUGUAACAGUAUUACAAUUUUGUUAAUUAGUUAAAAAAAAAAAAGCUAAGUAUUGAUUGAAAAAAAUAUAAUGAAGUUAAAAUUUUGCAAAGAUAUAGAUUUUUAUAAAAUUAAUGAAGUUUUAAUUAUAAUUUUAAC